AUGAUUGGAGGAGAAGUAGUUGUAGAAAAGAAUCCAUCUAAAAAAUUUUGUAUUGCUGAAAAGGAGAGAUUAUGUGAGAGUGUAAUAUGGGAAAUGUUACAAAGUUAUUAUAAAAAAGCUGCUAUUAAUGCAUGGAAAGAAAAUGUCGUUCCAUCAUUUGUUACUAGUAAUAGUAAGCUAGCUAAAGAUUAUGCUCGAGUAAUAAUAAAUUAUAUGAAAGAUUGGUUUAAUAGUAAUGAAUGUGAUCGUAAUGUUCCUAUAUAUAUAUUAGAAAUUGGUGCAGGUCAUGGGAAAUUCACAUAUUUAAUUUUAAGAGCUUUAUCAAAAUAUAAGAAAUAUUUUAAAAGUAUGAAUUUACCUGAUAGACCUUUUGUAUAUGUAUUUACAGAUAUAGCUAAAGAUAAUAUAACAUAUUGUAUGAAUCAUGAUAGAUUAAAAAAAUAUAUUAAUACAAGAAAUAGUAGUGAUCAAACAUUUACCAGUAAAAAUCAUUCAUAUGAUGAUUCUGAAUUUGAGAAAAAUGGAACAAAUAUUUAUGAUUCAUCUACAGAUAAUUCAUAUAACUCAGAUGUUUCUUCAAAUAAUGAAACGAAUUAUUAUUCAGAAGAAAGGUUUACAAAUGAUCCUACAUAUUCUAUGCUUGAUUUUGCUUUUUUUGAUGGAAAUGAAACUACUGAUAAAAUUUAUUUAGAAGUAGCCAAGAAAUAUAUACCUAGUAAUACACCAAUAGUCUUAAUAUGUAAUUAUGUUUUAGAUUCUUUAUUAACUGAUGCAUGGGUAGUUAAAGGAGAAAAUGAUUUCAAAAGAGCAUUAAUAUCAGUUUAUUCACCAAAUGAAGAAAAAGAUAAAACGGAUGCUGAUAUUAUGCUUCGAAUGACUGUUUCAUGGGACUGGGAAAGUGUUAAUAUUGAUGAAGAAAUUAAUAAAGAAGAAACAGAUAAUCCAUCUGAUUAUUUAAGAAAAUAUAAAGAUAUAUAUACUGUUUUAAAAUUGUAUUCUUAUAUUGAUAAACAUCUAUCUUUUGUAUUUCCAGUAGGUGCAUUUAUUUUAUUUAAAAGAAUGUUAAAAUUAAGUAAUAAUAAAUUACUUUGUCUAAUAGGUGAUAAAGGAUAUCAAUCAUAUGAAGAAUUUAAAGGAUAUAGAGAUCCACAUAUGGUCGUUCAUGGUAGUCUAUCUUUUAUGGUGAAUUUGAAUGCAAUAUGUCUUUUCUUUUUGUCUUUAGGUGGGUAUUAUAUAUAUACACCUUAUUCGGAUAAUUUUCAAAUAGUCACAUUAUUAAUGCACCAAAAAAAUUUUAAAAAAAAUGAAUUAAAAAAUGAUGCAGAAUUAUCAAAUAUUUCACAAGUAGGGGAAAAUAAAAUUCAACAAGAUAAUAGUAAUGAAUUUUAUAUUAUCGACUUUUUUAAAAAUUAUAUGAAGGACAAUGAACAAAGGUCAAACAUGUACGAUUCGAUAUAUAAUCAGAAAAAUAAUCAUACAAGUACUAAUACUUAUAAUAAUAAAAAUAAUAAUAAUAAUAUUUAUAAUAAUUAUUAUUAUAAGAAUAAAAUUUCAAAAUAUUCCAAGAGAAGACUCUUUCACGAUAAUGUUUAUAAAAAAAUUAAAAAAAUCAAUUUGAAAAACUUAAACAAUAUGACCAUAAAAUUUGGAGGAACCAUUUCAUCCUUUUAUGAUAAUGUUGAACAAUUUCCACCUGAUGUUUUAAUAAACUGGCAAAAAUCAGUUAUUCAUAAUAUUAAUCAUUAUCCAGCUAAUGUAAAUAUAAAAGAACUCAUAGCAUUAUUAAGAUAUUCUAAUUAUGAUUCAGAUGUUUUCUUUAAUAUUAGAAAUUCCUUUAUAAAUUUAGUUACAUAUCCAAAUAUAAAUGGUAGAACUGAAAAAGAUAUAUUAUUAGAUAUCCAUGAAUGUUAUAAAAAUUAUUAUUCUUUAAAAAAUGAUGAAGAUAUUGCUGAUGUAUGUGGACAUAUAUGUAUGAAAUUUGGAGAAUUUGAAAAAUCCAUAUUUUAUUUAAAAGAAAGUUUACGUAAAUUUAAAAAUAAUAGACAUUCAUCAACAUAUAUUAAUAUUGCAUCAUGUUAUAAGGUAUUACGUAAUUAUAAUAAAUCUUUGAAGUUUAUAAGAUCAUCCAUAAAAUUAUCAAAUAAAGAAAAUAAAUAUAAAAAAUAUAUGUCUCCAAAUAAUAAUAAUAAUAAUAAUAAUAAAUAUAAUCAAUAUCACAAUCAUAAUUCUCAUUCAUAUGAUUUAUUAUAUAAUAUUCAAUUUUGUUGUAAUCCUAUUACAUAUGCUAUGAUAGGUAUCAAUUAUUAUGUACAAAAUGAUGGAAUAUAUUAUCUAUCCUUUGAAAACCGUAUCAAAUUAACACAUAUUCUUUUACUUACAAAAGAGGAGGAAGCCGUAUUAAAAUAUAUGAAUGCCAAAUAUAAAAAAUCGGUAUAUGAAAAAUCGACAACUAAUGUAGAUUUUUCAAAAAUUAAGAUAAUUAAAUUAUAUGAUGAAAAUGAAGUUACUACAUUGGAAAAAUUAUGCCAUGAGGAUAAUGACAAAAAUAACAAUAAUAAAAACAAAAAUAAUAAUAGUAGUAAAAAUGAUGGUGAUAUAAUUAAUACAAAUAUUAAAAAUCCUAUGAAACAUAUUUCUUAUCAAAAUGUUGAAUAUUUAAAAGAAAAAUUAUCAGAAUGUUUUGAUAAAUAUGAAUUUCAAUUUUGUGUUAUAGAUGCACCUUGGUCUAUCAAAUCUGAUAUUGUAGAAAUGAUGCUGAAUAGAAAUAAACAUAUAUUUACAUAUGGUACCUUAUCUGAUUCAUCCAAACGUUCAGAAGAUAUCAUUUUAAAAUAUAAAGAAAAAUCUCAACAAAUUAGCUGGAUAAAUAAUAAUUAUAUUCAUGACGAAUCAUUAUAUGAAUCCAGAUCAUCUUUACACUAUAUACAAGGAGUUACGUCAGUAACUGUUACACAUUUUAGCAUGAACUUAUAUAAUAAUAUGAAUCAAAGUAUUUCAUCUAAAGAAAUUUUAAUAAAUGAUUUAUGUAGUAUUCUAAAUAUGUUACAAAUUAUAUUGAAUCUUAAUUUAACUGGAUUAACAUCGAACUUUUUGAAGAAAAAUAAAAAUAGCAACAACAAUUAUAAUAAUAAUAACAAUGAUAAUGUUUUAUGCAAUUCGGGAGAUAAAACAAUGGUAAGCGAGACAGACAAGAGGGAAUAUCAAGAAAAUAAUAUCGCCUUAUCACAAGAGGAUAAUACAAACAACAAAUGUCAUAUAAAAGAAAAAAAAAAUAAUACAGUUGAAGAAGAUAUAUAUGAUGAGGAUCAUUACUACUGCCUUUCAGGAAUUACAAUGUUUUCACAACAAAAAAAUAUUUCCGAAGAUUCCAGUGUAUAUUGUAACUACUUAUUAAUGAAUAAUAAGAAUGAAGAAUUUAUUACAAAAAUAAAUAUAGUUGGUGUAAAUGGUACUCUGUGUUUAAAAAAAACCAUAUCCAAUUGGUCCAUUCAAAUUUUUAAUAUUAAUAAUGAAAAGAUUUAUGACAAGUCAGGUAGAAUAGCCACUGGACAAAAUUCUAAUGAUGUAUUUACCAAUCAAUAUUUAAUAAAGACUGAUGGAAAAUGUAACAAUAUUCAACAUUAUAAGGAAUACGAUUUAAAAGCUUCUUGUAAAGAUUCCAGUGAAACAAUCGAUUCAGAUAUUGACAUUUUGGAAUUAUCAUCCGAAUGUUCUUCUGAUUGUGAUCAAAAUAAUGACAAUGAAAACAAUGAAGAGCAUACAAACAAAGAAGAAAUAUUGAAUGAUUCAUUAGAAACAGAUAUGAUACCUGAUAAUAAUUAUAAUAAAUUAUUGAUAGACCGAAAUUUACAAAUACUCAAGAAUGUUCCAGGAAAACGCUUUUACACAACAGAUAAAGAAAUAUAUGAAAAUAUGAAUUUGGAUGAAAAUUUUAUUGAUAUUUCUGUUAAUAAUAAUUGUUUUUAUUCACGAAUUAUUGAGGGAAUAAAUAUGUCUUACAAUAAGGGUGGAAUAAUGAUACAUUUUAAGUACAAUUUGGUAUAA